GGUUUACAGGUCAAACCAAAUUAUGGGCCGCAGGAUUCGAUUGGAGGCAUAGCCAUAAAAGCAAUGCUAGAACAUCCCAAUCAUAUUGGACAGAUUUGCCAUCAAAGUGGUAAAGAGCUCAGGAAUAUAGAAAUCGCCACCAAGGCCAUACAAAUUGCUCGACAUUUUGAAAGGCUUCAACUGAAGCAAUGCGACAUUAUUGGACUGUGUGCUGCCAAUACGGAAAAUGUGGCUCCCCUGUUCUUUGGAGCUUUGGCUGCUGGUCUUUCCAUCAGCACUUUGGAUCCCAGUUACGAUAAGGAGGGCAUUAAAACGAUUUAUUCUUGCACCAUGCCUCACAUGAUUUUUUGCGAUGGUGUGAAUUAUCAGCGCAUACGUCAAGCCUUUGAUGAAUGUGGAUUAUCUUCGAGCAUUGUGAUUACUCUCAAUGAUCAUAUAGAGGGUGUUCCCAGCAUUUUGGACUUCUUGGAGGAGAAAGUUAAACCCGAACAAUAUGAAGGUCCUAUUUUGGAAAAGGGUCUUAACCAGGUGGCUGUAAUUGUCUGCACAUCAGGAACCACAGGAUUUCCCAAGGCAGUGUGCAUAUCCCAUGCGGCACUAUUGGAAUGUUUUAAUUCCAUGAAUUUUUUGAACAAAAGAUUUCUUUGCUUCAGUUCUCUCUACUGGCUGACGGGCAUAUUAACUCUUAUGCACGGUACAAUUGGUCAAGCGAUUCGCAUUACAUCUGAGAAAACAUUCAAUCCGGAGGACUUUUUUGAAAUUAUCCAACAACACAAAGUGGAAAUCUUCUUAGGACCUCCAUCCCAAUUGGCAUUGGCUUUAACUUCGAACGCCAUCAGCGAAAGUGAUCUCUCAAGUCUUGACUACAUUAUCACGGGUGGAGGUUUCAUAUCUUACCCCCUCAUCGACAAAUUUAAAAAGUACGCCCCAAAAACCAUUUUCUAUGGCGGAUAUUCCUCAAGUGAGACAUGUUGUGCCAUAGCGGCAGGCAUAUGUGAACCCAGUAAUGCAGUUGGUACGAUUGGACAAAAUGUUGAAAUAAAAAUCAUUGAUAAUGACAAUGGCAAACUUUUGGGCCCCAACGAGUUAGGGGAGAUAUGUGUUCGUUCAAAAUUUCCCUGGGCAGGUUAUUAUAAAAAUCCGGAACUCACCCGAACCAUAUACGAUUCGGAAGGUUGGAUAUACACUGGCGAUAAUGGCUACAUCAAUGAUGAAGGCAAAUUGUUUCUAAGCGAUCGUAAGGUUGAUAUUCGAAAAUUCGAUAACUUCCAUUUCUCUCCCAGCGACAUAGAGAAGGUCAUCAUCGAAUUGCCACAGGUGGCUGAUGUCUGCGUUGUGGGUAUACCCGACAGUGUACAUGGCCAUUUACCAGCCGCCGCUGUAAUAAAACGAGCUGAAAGCAUCAUUGACGAAAGGGAAAUCUAUCAGCAUGUGGUCAAUCGAAUGCAGAAUUUUGAGCAUUUACGUGGUGGUGUUUACUUCUUCGAAAGCCUACCUCGAACAGUGACGGGAAAAACUUUACGCCGCCAAGUCGUUGGGAUGUGCGUGGAAUUGAGUCACACAACAACUGCGAACGUGUUCAAAUAAUUUCUAUAGAAGAAACCCCAAAUUAGUAGAAUUCGAUAGCAUGGCUUUUGAAAUGUCAACACAGAUUAAGUUUUAAUCUUGUUUUAAAUGUUAUCAUGUGACGUACAAAUAUAGACUUAUGACAGGCAAAAAAUCAUAAAA